CAGUACGUCCCUUAGUUGUAUAAAGCUGCUUCUGCUGGAUUUGGUCCUGGUUCUCGAUGCUCGCUCGUGUCGUCUCACUGGUACCAUCGAACACCCGACCAACCAAGGACGAAGUGCAUUACAGUCUCAUCAAACAGAGAGCCCAACGUGAUACAGUCGCUCCAGAGACGGAAAACGAGGUACGGACCAUAUGGCCACGCCAAACUCUUUGGACUGGGUAAAAGUAACGAGGGCCCUUGAGGGUCGACAGAAAGCGACCCGUCAAUCAAAUCAGCAGCCCGUCUCGCAGCAAGGCUGCCUUCGUCCUCGAGUAUAUGCUCAGCAAGGUGUUCGCCGAGAGAAGGUGAUGUCCGUCUGGCAGGCGGGCUGUAUCGCCGAAGAUCUUCCCCGUACUGCAGGGCUCUCGCCCACAGAGAUCACAAUCCGGCACUGCCAAAGCAAAGGCGGACAGAACACCACGACGAUAC